CUUUUGACGAUUGACCUGGCCUGGUCUGGUCUGGCUUUUCUUGCUUGUUCUUUCGACAAUCAAGAACUGGGAAAAGCAUAAACUUGACAGGACGGGAAGGAACACAUAUUUCUUUGCUUCUUCUCGGUUGCUACCAAAAAUCUUCAACAGAUCAUCUUUUCUUUUCUUUCCUCUUCCUUUCCAUUUUCUGGUCCUUUUUCGUCUUUUCUAAGGCCCCCCCGGUAGGCACAUCCCGACGGAAAUACGCCGCCGCAAGACGCCGAAAACCAGACAAUAUCCGCCAUCUGACAGCCCAGCCCAGCCCAGCCCAGCACGGGCAGUCACGAUCCCAAGGUUACGUUACCUGCCCUGCCGUGGGCAUAUUGUUAUUAUUGUUACUUUAGUACCUACCUAGCCUUCGGUAGCCUCUACCCGCCAAACUUCGACUUCCAACCGACUCUUUUGCCGAUCCAAUUUCAUCCUCCCCCUACUCUCCCAGUAAUCAAUCUCCUGAAUCCAGUCCCGAUAUUCCAACAUCGAACCUCGGAAGACAUGGCACGCUCAUCGAGGUAGCAACGGCUCCAACUUGUCAAGCCAUUCUCGAUCUCAGUCAGCUUCACAUCCAAUUUCAUGAGUGACGAGUCCAUGUCUCUUCCAAUUCCGUCCCCGAUAUGUCCGAUUCGGCCUCCACCGACGAUGGAGGCAUUCCAGAUCGUGGGCCGGUCGUCUUCGCCGUCACAACGGCCACUCUCGUCCUCGCUACAGUCUUCGUCGCAGCACGAAUCGUCUCGCGGACCUUCAUUGUUAGGAAUGUCACCUGGGAUGACCGCGUCAUGAUCCUCGCUUGGCUCUUCGCCUUCUUCCUCUCCUUCACCAUCUGUUUCGGCGUUCACAAUGGCCUCGGACGACACGACGAAAAUAUCGACCCCAACCGGUUACCCGCCCUUCGCCGUUGCGAAUAUGUCUUCUCCAUUCUGUACAAUCCGGCGUUAAUGGCCACCAAAACCUCCGUACUCAUAUUCUACCUCCGAUUAGCCAAACACACCCAAAGAGUACUUCGAUUCGCCUCUUGGUUAACACUUGCGGUCGUCAAUAUUGCUGGCGUUAUUCUCACUUUCAUGAAUGUUUUCCAAUGCCGCCCGACCCAAGCCGCUUGGGAUGUUAACUAUGACGAACGCGCGAAGUGUAUACCACUACUUACCGAGUUUAUAUGUUCCUCGCCCGUCAACAUCGUCACGGAUCUGGCCAUUCUCGCGUUGCCUAUACCUGUCCUCACCGGCAUGCGCCUCCCUUCUCGCCAGAAAACAAUUCUGGUCCUCACCUUCACCGUUGGAAUAUUCGUUACCGUUGUCGACGUGGUCAGAAUCUACUACCUUCAGCAAGCCAUUACAGCACCGACCAGUACGACUGCCGAUCCCCAGUCUCGAUUUGGUGGGCAGACCGACUUUGCCUGGAACGCUUCGCGAUCGCUCAUGUGGAGUGCUGUUGAGGUUAACGUUGGCAUGAUGUGCGCCUGCGUCCCGACGUUGAAGCCUCUGGUCCUCAAGCUGCUCCCCUCCAUGCUCUACGACCCCAAUGGAACUCGCGCCAGUACACCCAAGGGGCCCAGCGAUUCGGAUACGCCUUCAACAGGUCAUCGCGCCAGUAUUCAGCAGCCCCCUCCUGUCGCGCAAACCGGCGCACAGCCUCUCAAUGCUAAUGCUCCCAUGAGCGCGAUGGAAUUCUUGACAACACCUUUCGACGAGCCAGGCCCAACUCGUCCUGCGCAACGUGGGUACCAGAGCAAUGGGACCUUUCAAACAUCGACAACUAUGACGUCUUCAACAGGAACUGUCGAGGGUGUUUAUUUUGGCUUUGUCAACAUGACAAAACCUAAAAGUAUGCUCAAAUGCAACAAGAAGCAGUCAUUCAAAUACUGCACAAUUGUGUCCAUUUUAUUUCUGUUAUGGGGAAUAUCUUACGGCCUACUCAAUACUUUGAAUAACGUCAUUGCGAAAGUCGACAAUAUGACCACAGCUGAAACACUUGGCAUGACGUCUGUAUACUUCGGAGGCGGUUACUUCUUUGGACCCCUGCUAGUGGGCGAAUGGAUUCUUCGGCGCGACGAGCACAACCGAUCGAGGCGGCACAAGGCCAACGGCCACGACAGCGUUGGUGGCUUCAAAGUUACUUUUAUCGUCGGGCUAUGCUUUUAUGGGAUUGGAACUGUCAUCUUCUGGCCCUCGGCUGUCACCCAAUCAUACGCCGGAUUCAUGCUCAGCAACUUCGUCGUCGGGUUUGGUCUAUCAAUUCUAGAGGUCGGCGCAAAUGCAUUCCUAAUACUUUGCGGCCCCCCCGAAUACGGUGAGACUCGCGUGCUCAUGGCGCAAGGCAUCCAAGGCACUGGCAGUGUUCUUAGCGGCCUGCUGGCCCAGAAAGUCUUUUUCAAGGGCAUUGUGGAACAGAGGAGCGCGACCAGCAUGACUCUCAUCAACGUGCAAUGGACAUAUCUAGGAAUCACACUCCUGUGCGUUGCACUCGGGCUCUUCUUCUACUACAUGCCACUCCCCGAAGUGAGCGACCGUGAGCUUGAGCAGUCCGCCAAGCAUCUUCCUAUGGAUCCUCAGAAGAAAAGAGGCGGUCUACAGCUCCGCACAUGGAGCCUUAUCCUCGCCGUUAUUGCUCAAUACACAUACGUCGCUGCCCAGGAGUGUUUCAGCAUCUACUUCCGCAGCCUCAUGAUAUCAAUACUCCCCAACACACCCAACACCGGCGAGCAAGCAACCGAAGGUGCAGGCGACAUUCCCAACCCCGACAAACCACCUGGCAUUGCACUCUCGAUACCCGAUUAUCUCCUCAUCGCGCAUACCGCCUUUGCUGUGUCCCGCUUCAUGGCAGCCGGCCUUGCAUAUCUCUCUGUAUAUCGUUCCCGCUUCCCACGACCCCGUACCAUCCUCACCGCCUGCAUCGCCGGCUGUUUCGUCUUUUCCCUUCUUCCCGUGGUUGUCCGUCCACCCAACCCCAACCUUCUUGUUAUACCCAUUGUUCUCUUUUACUUUUUCGAGGGCCCCAUAUACCCUCUUAUUUUUGCCAUUGGUCUUCGCGGUCAAGGUCGACGCACCAAGCGUGCUGCCGCCUUUAUCACUAUGGGUAGUUCCGGCCCCGGUUUCUUCCCCUUCGUCAUGUACGGCAUAAUCAAGCACGGAGGCACCGUUAGAACGGCUUUCAUCGUCGUCAUUGUCCUCCAGGCUGUUUGCAUGUCCUACUCGGUCUUUCUCCAAUUUAUCAGCGACGCCAAGCAGCUCGUCGAUCCUUGCCCUGCGGUGCGUGAUGCCCUUAGACAGCCGGAUGAAGAGAUGCCGUCGCCCAUGGAGACAGUGAUUACUGGGAGGGCGCGCCGACAAAGCACGAUGAAAGAGAAGUCUCAGGGGUUCUUGGAUAAGGUGUCGCAUGGAACUAAGGUCAUCAGUGCCAAGUUCCUCAGUACUCGGCGCCGGUCUUCACAACCCUCGAUCCACCAAUGCGAAGAUAGUCGCGAUAAUGCGGCGCCAUAAUUAAUGCUGAUGCCUGUUUUUCUCCCAUCUUUAUAUAUAUUUUACGGUCGAAUAGUUUCGGAACUCUUGGAUUAUAAACAGCGAAAAACAAAGGGAGGCGUCAGGUUGGGUCAAUGACGGAUGAAUUGCUUUUUGAAUGCUCUAUACCCAACAGGUCCUUGUUCUUGGAUGGACAUUGAUACAUACCCUUUUUUAGUUGUAGUUUCAAGGAUAUGUAUAUGUGUAUGUGUGUAUAUGUAUCGUAUGUUUGAUACGAUACGAUAAUCAAUGCAUUAUCAAAUGCUCAAGGGCCAAAACGCCAGAAAAUUGAUGGAUGCUGCUAUUUCCUGGCGUUUUUUUAACUGACUGAGUUUGCUCGUCAACCUCAAUAUCAUUGCUCAUAUCGUUUGAUUCCAGCUCAGAUCUGCAAUCACAUGCAAUAAGAUCAUACAUGAACUUUUAUUCACCACCCAAAUUGCUCCAGAUGCAACUCAACGCCAGCUCUGUUUUCCAUGAUACAGUCUGCAGCCGCGUUCUGAACGGCCGACAUGAGUGUCCGUGGUCCGCAGCCCAUCACCAGCACUCGUUUGUCGGAUGGUGUAUUCUCUAUCAAUUCUUUCACAAGUGAAGCUACAUCCGGUCCCCCAACGUGAAAGACAUCGCCUAGAGAAGCAUUUAUUGCGACUGUGAGAACCUCGUUCUUCUCAAUGUCAAGUGAUAAUCGAGUAGUAUCGACUUGCGAAAGACCGUCUUUUUCUGGGCCGGGCUCGACAAAAGUGCUACUUGAAGAAGCGUGCGAUCCGGAGGAAAGCUGUCUCCGGGGGACAAUCUCGGUUUCUGAAGCUCGUGUUACAUAGAUCUUGGUCAAGACACGAUGAUCUCGACGUAGAGUCUCGAUAUGUUCGGCGAACCAGGUGAAAUAUGCUGCAAGAUUGGUUAGUAUUGCGACGUCACGGGUUUUAACGUGGACUUGCUUGGUUUCCUGAUCAUCCAUACGAAUUCGAUGUCGAUCUCAGCAUCUAUGUCCAGGUUUUUGAGCAUAUCUAGAGCCGCGCCAACCGUGAAGCUUGCACCGCUGCCCCCUGCUAUAAGCAUGACCUUGUCAUACCCCUUGACAUCAGGGUGAUUACCGUAAGGACCCUCCACUGACC